CAACUCACAAAGUAAACAAAUGACAGUGACACCUGAAAUUGACACACUUUUACCUGGCCAUUUUAUUUUUAGUAUCAGCAAUGGCGGAUGACGCAGGUAACUUUUCCAUUUGAAAAUAAAAGUUGUGGCUGUCACAAAUGUAGAUAUAUUCAUGUAGGCUGUUGUGAACUUCACCAGUGACAUGGCUAGGUUACCAUGGAAACUGUCGACCAUUAUGUUGAUAAAACUUUGGGUUUUAUCUUGUUGGCUGGGAGUUGGCUUGAGUGUGAAGACUUUACCUUUCUGGCUUGACAGCUACUUGAACUGUACUGGGCCAACCCGGCUGCUCUACAAGAACGAGCGCGCCAUCAUCUAUGGCCAGGGAGCGAUUGAGUCUCGGGAGAGUCCGCAGAACUGCAAGCUGACGCUGAAGACGGAGAACAACUUUGAGAGGACGUAUUUUCGCAUCCAGAUCAAACAGGCGCUAAUCAAGGAGUGCACUGUCACCUUCACCAUCUACGACCGCGAGGUCAGCCAGUCGCCACUGGAUUCGUAUGACUGUAAAAAAGGGAAGGGCAACUAUGAGUUCAUUUACACUUUGUCCGAUACGGCCGUGUUUGAACUGAAGAAGAACCACCAGAGAGAUAUUUUCUAUGAUAUUGAGAUCAUAGUAACACCCCUUGUUGUGAGUGGAGGCCCUGGCUGGGAGAAUGACUUUGGGCGAGAUCAGGGAAUCUACCCGGAGCAGUUUCCAAUUGAGGCCACCCUGGGAAUAGUAGGAGCGGCCCUCGGCGUGACCCUGAUCAUCAUCGUCGUGGUGACGGUCAAGUGCUACCGGAGACAGAAGGCCAAGCACAGCAAUGGGGAGGAACACGUGGUCGGCUUCACCAACACCGGCAUCAGCUACGAGCCAAAGGGCAAUCUGAGCGACAUCUCGGCAGCGACGUGGUCGACAGACAUGAGGUCCACCAAGCCGAAGGAUCCUCUCAGUAUGAGGAUGGCUCGACCCAGCGAGGAUGCCAACAGCGUGUUUGACAAUGACACGACAUAUAAAGGUAGACCAAUUGCCAUGGAUUCCCUUCAGAAACUUGCCGAUUCAAGCCGUGGCCAGAGACGAGGCUUUGACCGUCGUGAUCACAACCGACUGAGAGGGAGAGAUGCAGCAAUGAACAGAAGUAGAGACGCCUCGUUUAAUCGGGACGAUUCCUUCAACAGCGAUCAAGAGGAGCAUUCUCCUAGACUGUUUGUUGAAAGAAUCCUGACUUCGCGCGUGAAGACCACACCAAGAAAAUGGGAUCUUGAAGAGGAAGAGGAGGAGGACCUGAAAGAUGAAGCUGUUGGUGAUGAUGACUAUAAUGAAGAACAGCAUUCCGAUGAUGAUGAUGAUGUUGAAGAGGAAGACACUGAAGAAGAGGAAGUAACUGAAAAGAAAAUGGAAGACUCUGAGGAGGAACAAUCAGAGGAAGAAGAAGACGACGAAUCGGAUGGGAAUGAAAAGCCACCAGACUACAGGAAUGCGACUCAAGACAUUCCAAGUAUCUCCCAAGCCAGAAAUCCGGUUCAUCCACAGCAUCAACCCCAACAUAUGCAGCCGAGUGAGCAUCCACAGGAGCAUUUCAUGAGCCUUCAGCCACCACAGUAUGUUCCUCAGUACAUGAUGUAUCCAGGAGCAACAGCACAAAAUCAGUAUAUUACUGCACCACCAGGACCAAACCAAUAUGUAGCUGCACCACCUGGACCAAAUCAGUUUGUUGCCGCACCACCAGGAUAUAACCAGUCUGGUAAUGCACCAUCAGGACCAAACCAGUUUGUAGGACCACCACCAGGAUAUAACCAGUCUGGUACAGUACCAUCUGGAUCAAACCAGUUUUGUCCAGUUCCUCCAGAGUCUGCAGCUCGACCAGCUGUUGGAGAAGAGAGACGAGUGGGUGACAGGGAGGCGGAUCUUCCAAUCUAUUCUUACCUCGCCCAGCGUGGCUGUGUGCCACUUGGUGGUGGUCGGGAGUCACCGGUGAGUGUCUCCAGUCAGGGAGCAAGCCGCCACGUCAUGGCGACAGAUGAACCAGACCAGAGCAGCAUGCCCCAGCUUGACAGUGGUGUGGAACUCAUGAGGAGAUAGAAGUAUUGACGUUUUAGCAAAGGAUUUGGUUUUUUUAGCAAUUUGUUGGUCGUUCUAAAUUCCAUAGAUGGACAUUUCAAGAAAAAAUUAUUUUUAUAAAUUUGAUAUGUGCUAAGUGAUUGUUCUGUUGCUUCUGUCAUAGAUUUUUAAAUAUGGCACUCAUGGUAGAUAUUACAAUAAUUUUAUAUAUGGAUAUAAAUCUUAAGUGACAUUUAAACAAAGCUUUUUUGUAACAAUUUCAUAUAUUCCAAGUGAUUGUUUUAAUGCCAUAGAUUUUUUAACAAUGACACUGUACACAUGGAUAGAAUGCCAAGUGUAUAAAGUAUAUUCAAUGCAUCAGGUGUAUAAAAUGUUCAGUUAGAAUUAUAAACUGCUAUCUAAUUUAAAUCUUUGUUGGUGAAUACAGGAUAAGACUUAAAUAAUUUAGAAAAAUAAAUUUUGACAUGUUGAACUAAUGUUUGCUUUAUGAAAUAGACAUUGGGACGAGAACACUAUAGUACAUGCAGAGUGCAGUUUAAUCAAAUGAGUAACCUGAGAUUAAUGACAUUCAUUUCUUAUCUCAGUUAUGAUUUUACUAUUAAAUAGCAAAAUAGUGUUGGUAUAGUUAAAUGUUCAUUCAGUCAUUCUGUUUUCUGUCAUUUUCAUAUGUGUAAAUAAUCAUAUCCUCAUCAGAGAUUUUCCUUGUAAUUAACAUUCCGAACAGAAUAUAUAUUUUUUUAGUCUGGUUUAGCUUUAUUUAUGAAGUCAUCUAUAUAGAUAACAUAAAGCUAUAAAUAUCAGUCAUGAAUCAAGGGGGGUGAUUGUGGGAAUGCAUGCCCCCACCCACAAAAUUCAGAAUGCCCCAAGAAUACAAUAAUGUAUUAGGUUUUUACAUGGACGUUUGACAUGUAAUAUCUUGAUUGGUUUGGGAGUUAGUGUAUUUUGUUUUACUGUGAGAGCCCUUUCUAAGCAUCAUACCCCCAUCUUGAUUACUGUAGAUGCUUCCUAUAAUUUAUAAACAUUCUGCAUGUGGAAAUUUCAAAGAAAUUUGCCUUUUAUUAUCUUUACAAUAUUUUCUUUUACCUAUAUAUAUAUAUAUAUAUAUAUAUAUAUAUAUAUAUAUAUAUAUAUAUAAUGAAAACAUUAUUAAUGUGACAUGAAUAAAAAAAUAUGUUAAAUGUUAUAACUAUAGAUGUUGCUUUUUGUCAACAAAAAUAACUUAGUAAAGCAUAAAAUUUCAUUUAACUAAAUCUUUUGAAUUUGACAAAUACAUUUGAUAUUAACUUUGCCCCAAAUCUGAUCCAACAACUCCCAGAAAAUGGUAUUGAUAAACCUUUAUUUUUGUUUGUGUACUAAUUCGGUUGAUUUCAUUUAUAAAUAUUUGCUUGGAUUGAAAUACAAUAAUAAUUUAACCAUUGCAUAACAUAAUAUGCCAGAAUUUGUUUAAAUGUUACUGUGUAUCAUUGUGAAAGCAUGUGAAUACUCAGAUUAUAAUAAUUACCAAAAUACCUUGUUAAAAUGUUGAUUAAUACACAACAAAAAACCCAUCUAUUGCAGUUGGUCAGUCAUAUUCCAAAUCUUGCAGUAUAUUUAUAGGACAUUAAAUAAGCUUCCAUUUCGUAUCAGGUUUAUGUUGUGAAUGAAAUAUUUUUCAGUUGUCACGAGCUUUAGCGAAUGACAUUGAAAAUUAUUUCACGAGGGACAUAAACACGAUACAAAAUGGUAGUGAGCUUAAUAUCCUCUUUAUUACCCAUAAUCGAUCUUAAUUUAUAUCACUCAACUCGUUUGGUUGACAUCCCUGUAAGGUUGUAGUGCACCAAUAGAUGAUGUCACAAAGUAUUACGUCCCACUUGGCGUUCUAGUGGGACAUAUUACUUUGAUAUGUACCAAGAUAUUUUUUAACCAUAUGGGUAAUAAUUUUUAUUAUGUAACCAGUUAGAAAAUAUUUUACCCCUCCCUCUCCACCCUGUUACACACCAUUCUAGGUCACUUGCCAGUAAUGGUAAAAAUGUGACUCCUCCAGUUGUCACUAUAAUAGUAUAUAACAAUAUGUGACACUUCUCUAGUUGUCACUAUAAUAGUAUAUAACAAAAUGUCACACAGAUCUUGUUUGUCAUGGUUGUCAUGGUAUCAAAGUUCUAGGUACAUGUUUAAAAACAACAAAAUCGGUUUAUUAAACAGGGCUUCUAGAUUAUGGUAGCCCCAUUCUCAUGGCUAAUGAUAUUCAAUGUUGGGCUAGUAAAUAACUAACAUUGUCAUGCCCGGCGGCUAGAGAAAUUUUCUUUGUCAAAUGUUGCAGUUAAGUCUAUUUUGUAAAUAUGAAUAUCCUGCCCCCACCCCACCCAGCAAUCUUAGUGUUUUUAAGCUCUGUCUCCCUCUUUAGGUGACAUAUUCAAUCAUUACUAUUAUUUAGUAAAAUUAUGUUAACUUAAAAUAAUCUUGGGCUAGUGAAUUUUAAAUUAUGGCUAGUAUUUUUAAAAUACUGAUUCCCAUGGCUAGUGGAUUUUAUAAAAAUUCCAGAAGGCCUGUUAAAACUAGUUGUUUUCAUUUUGCAUAAUAUGAAAGUCUUGUAACUUGUGGUUGUAAAACUGCAUUAUUAUUAAUAUUAAAAUAACAUUCUGUACCUAGAUGGAAGUCAUCCUAUAUUAUGUCGUAUACAUGUAUGUAAUUACUUUGUCAUUUGCUCAGAUUAGCAUAGUACAUUCCAUAUUCACAUUUAUGUAUUGAUUUACUGCACAUUUGACGUAGUAUUGUAGAUAUGUGCAGUGAUGUAAGGUGGUUAUGCAGUAUAACCAUUAAUUUACGCAACACUCAAUUAUUCAGACAAUUUUUUUUCUGGGCAAAAAAUUAAUUUGUAACCAUUUCUUUUUAGUAAUCUGAAGAACAAAACCAUUACCAUUUAAUUUUUAAUAUGGUACUUCUGCAAUAGAAAACUAACCCCCCCCCCCUCCCCCCGACUCCUAAAGCUCAUUGUACAUACAUGUACAUAUAACUUACCAUGAUUAAAUUUUGAUUGAUGCUUGUAUAUUUUGUGCAUUAUAAAGUGAAAACAUAUAUUGUUGUAUAACUGUGCUGUUUUAAUAAUAUACAAAUAUAAUGUAUUGUUUUACACAUUUUUAUACAUUUUGAUUUACAUUACAUGUCUUAUUAAAUCAGUGUUAUUCACUUUUGAAUGAAAUAAUAAAUCUGAUGAUGAAAAA